UUCGAUAUUUAUUCACGUUUGGUUUUCGGAGAUCUGCUCAUUUGUCUCCAAGCAUUAUGAUUAACUUUCAUUCUUUGAAACAGAAUUAGAUUAUCCGCACUUAUCUGACUGGAUUUUAAAAGUUCAAUCAUGUGGAGUCCAACUCACGUUCAAGUAACAGUGCAGCGAGCCCGUAACCUUCAAAGCAAAGGAAGAAAAGGAACGAACGAUGCAUUUGUACUCAUUCAAAUGGGUAAAGAGAAGUUCCAGACAACCAUCAAAGACAAAACAGCAGAUCCAGAGUGGUAUGAAGAAUGUGACUUAACACUCAUUGGUCGAGAUUCUGAUGUCGUGCUUACCGCAUUUCACCGGAAUGUUUUGGGAUUAGAUGAAUUCCUUGGACAAACUUCUAUCUCAUUGCGGGGUAUAGAAAACUUUGACCGCCCCUUUACAAAGUGGUAUCCCUUGAAAGGCAAAAGUGAAAAAAGUGAACAAAAGGAGCGAGGGGAACUGGAAGUGAAAAUAGCUUUUAUUGUCAGGAGGUGCAAUGAUACUCAGAGCUUAAAUGAUUUAAGUUUCAAAAAAAGAAGCAGUUCGAUCAAAAACUUAGCUUCUAAAGUAGGACACAAAAUACAAAAGUUACCUUCUCGUAGUUUGUCUCUGAGGAAUUUUGAUCCCAGAAAAAAAUUAGAACGGAUAAAAGAAAAACAUUCUCGUAACUCGGAACCAAUUGCAAGUGAUGACUAUGAAGAAUCUACGGAUAGCUUUGAAGAAUUCUCUCAAGUUCCUAUAAAGCGUCAUGGCGCACUUUAUAGUAGUACAUUGUCUUUGCCUCAGUCAGCAAUGAUUACAAGCUGCAUCCAGGAAGCAGAAAGCUUGGAAGAGUUGCCUCAAGACGAUUCUGAAGAAACAAAUGAUACCGCAAAAGUGCCUGACCCCAUAAAAGCAAAUGUCACAAAAGUUCUUGGGAAAAACAUCAGCAAUUUUUCAGUGCCUGAACCAAAACACAUCAAUCAUGGUGAAUGGGCGAACAGGGUUUUGUCUCAUGUUAAAGAAUCUCCAAUUGCAAGAUCUGAAACAAAUUUAAUAGAAGCACUGAAAGCAGAAUCUCCUAUGGCGCCGGUUAGAAGGAGUAAAUUAGAAACAUUAAAACACAAUUUAAGACGACACACCUUGCAAUUAACAGAAACACCAGAUUUAUCAACAUUAACAUUGCAGAAGAAAAAUCGCCCUGAAAGCUUAAACAGCAAUUAUUUCAAAAACAAUAAUGCUCCAGAAGGAAUACCAGCAGAGGUGUUUCAACAAUAUGAAAAAAUGAAUCAGAAGGACUUAGUACUACUGGCCAUCAAGCAGCAAGGUGAUUUAGAAAGACAAAGGGAUAGAAUUUUAGAUUUAGAAAACUACUUGGAUAAUCUUUUAGUUCGUGUAAUGGAAACAACUCCUCGAAUACUGCAAAAACCCUAUGUUACUGCUGCAUGUUACAGAUGAAAAUUUGUACUGUUACAAUAAUGUAGACUUGAGUUAUGGAAAUCGAACAAAAUUAUGGAAUGUAUUUGGAGAUGGAUUAAUAAUUUUCAAAUUCAAGGAUAAGAUUUUUAUGCAAAUUUCACUCUUGUUAUAGUUUUAUUAGGUGUUUCAAGUUGCAUGUGUCAAAAUGUAUUGAUUUUCUAUCAAAGUAAAAAGAGAACAAUGGUGUAUUCGAAAUUUUCGGCAACUUUUCAUGUGCUUUUAUAUAAAAAUAAUACAAUUUUUAAAAAAUGUUACUUUUUAUGGUUGUAAAAUAGAUGAGCUUACGACUAAUGAUUUUCAUGAAGGAUAAUGUAAAAAUCAUCUCAAUUUUGUAUUAAUUAUUCCA